UGCUUACGUGACUAACCCAGGGAAACGGAGCCAAUAAGCAAAACUGAAGAAUGUAGGAUGGGAUCUCCGACUGCAACUGCACAGGCCACCAAGCUUCCAGAAUUACCAAGGCAACGAAUUAUGUCGAAAUAGAGGCUCAGGAGACCAUUAUUAAGCCCUCUCGAGGAGGGGUUUUAGUGUGUGUGCGUCCUCUCCGGGACUGAAAUGGCUGAGAGCCAAGGGGGCGGAGAGGCUGUGACGAGACCCAUUCACCACUGCCGCUAUGUCGAACUUGGGCGUAGUGGACUACUUGGUGUUCCUCGGCUUGCUUAUUCUCUCUGCCUUAUUUGGCCUCUACUACGCUUUGACAGAACGCAAGAAAACAGAGCUUCACUUCCUCCUAGGCGGGCGUCAGAUGACUGCGUAUCCCGUGUCCCUGUCGCUCGCUGCCAGUUUCAUGUCAGCCAUCACCGUGCUGGGCACUCCCGCUGAGGUGUACCGCUUCGGUGCCAAGUUCGUACUCUUCAACAUCUCGUACUUGGCGACGGUCUUUAUCACAGGAGAGAUCUACAUGCCCGUCUUCUACCGGCUCGGGAUCAAGAGCACAUAUGAGUACUUAGAACUUCGAUUUAAUAAAGCAGCUCGCUCGAUGGGAUCAUUUCUAUUUAUUGUUCAAACGAUGCUAUAUACUGGAAUUGUUAUAUAUGCUCCUGCUCUUGCUUUGAAUCAAGUCACAGGAUUUGAACUCUGGAGUGCUAUAGUUGGAACUGGGAUUGUCUGUACUUUCUACUGCACAGUGGGAGGUUUCAAAGCUGUUGUAUGGACAGAUGUUUUUCAAGCAAUAGUUAUGCUAGCAGGAUUUGGUUCAAUUAUCAUACAGACCUCAAAAAUUCAAGGUGGACUUUCAGUUAUCUUAAGACAUGCUGAAGAAGGAGGAAGAUUAAACUUAUGGGACUUCAAUAUUAGUCCUUUGCAGAGGCACACUUUCUGGACAAUUUUAAUAGGUGGGACCUUUACGUGGACCAGCAUCUAUGGUAUUAAUCAGUCCCAAGUGCAGAGAUACGUAUCCUGUAAAUCUAAGUUCCAUGCAAAAUUGUCUCUUUAUUUAAAUCUUGUGGGACUCUUCUUUAUUAACAUAGCUGCAGUGUUCUGUGGAUUGUCAUUGUACUCUGUGUAUCAUAACUGUGAUCCUUGGACAUCAAAAAAAGUUUGGUCACCAGAUCAGCUCAUGCCCUAUCUAGCAAUAGACAUUCUACAAAGAUUUCCAGGACUUUCAGGCCUUUUUGUGGCAGCUGCUUAUAGUGGAACAUUGAGCACUGUAUCCUCUAGCAUCACAGCUUUAGCGUGUGUAACUCUGGAAGAUGUCAUCAAACCUCAUUUAGAUUCACCUUCAGAAAGGACUCUUUUUUUGUUUUCUAAAGGGACAUGUUUAUUCUAUGGAAUAAUUUGCAUUGGGAUGGCUGCUUUGGCAUCAUUAAUGGGAAGUAUGUUACAGGCAGCACUCAGCAUAUUUGGCAUGAUUGGAGGGCCUCUUUUGGGCCUAUUUACCCUGGGAAUUUUAUUCCCUUUGGCCAAUUCAAAUGGUGCAUUUAUUGGUAUUCUUUGCGGAUUCAUCACUUCAUUGUGGAUUGGAGUUGGAGCUUACUAUUAUCCUCCACCUCCAAAGAGAACAUUACCCCUACCCCUUUCAGUUGCAAAUUGUAGUGAAACAAGAAGCAUGUAUCUGGAUUGGACUAAUUUUACCAUACAUGGAUUUUCAACAUCGUGGGAUGAAUUUUAUUUAUCAAGGAAUGCUAUUUCAAGAAAUAUAUACUCACUUUCUUACCUAUAUCUAAGCACUGUGGGAACAUUAGUAACCAUAAUUGUGGGAUUAAUUGCCAGCCUUCUAACAGGUGGAAGACAUCAGACUGUAGACAAAAAAUUCUUCCUAUCCAAAGAUGACACAUCAUUCGGUGGUUUAAAGAAAGUUAACCAAGUAGAAGUUUCAGAAUCACUCCAUAGCAUGAAGACAUUGGAAGGAUCUGAAAAACCAGGUGAAGACCAGGAUAUAGACCAAAAAUUGUUCCUAAUCAAAGAUGACUCAUCAUUUGGGAGUUUUAAGAAAAUAAACCAAGUAGAAGUUUCAGAAUAACUCCAUAGCAUGAAGACAUUGGAAGCACCUGAAAAAUCAGGCGUCAUUCAAAAGUAAAGUCAAAGUAGCUGAUGAAGCAUCUUCAGAAUCUUAUAAUAAAGAGAUGAAAAAAGAAAUACUCAGUCUUUUAACUGGAGCAACUUAGAAUGGGUGACCCUGUAUGAUGGGUUAUUUCUCUAUUUCCUAUGAUAACUGUAUCAAAUUCAAUCUUGCUAUAUUUUUAUGUUUCUCUCCUCCAUUGUUCUGGAAAAAGGAAGGGGCUGACAGACCAGAGAAUAUGUUUAAGGAGUUCAAAAAAAGAACAUUCCUGUGAGAAGGUAUUUUGCAUGUUGCCCUCUGUUCUUUCCAAGAAGACAGAGGCUGGAAAAGUGUGGUCAACACUGCUUCCUCCUUCUUCGUUUGAUGGCCAGUGAGAGAGAGAGAAGGUGGAAGAGUACAGAAAGGGAUAUUCUGAUUCCACAAUUGGAAGGUGUUAAUUCUAAGGCUGAUGUAUGUGAUUUCAGAAACUCACAAAUGACUCUGGAAUGUACUUGUGGAACUAAGUGAAAGUGAAUGUAAAAGUGUUCUCUGUUGCAAAUUGUUUUUAUCAGUUAAUAAUAUUCCAGAAGAAUUCUAUCCUCUUUUAGUUGUGAGAAAGCAGUAUGUUCCCAAUGAGAAUUAAAAUGAACAACAGUUAGAGGUUUGAAUGUUUGAACAUCCCUACAAUGUUUGUUAUUUGAGUAAACUGUAGUUGGGGAUUGAAACAACAUGGCUAGCCAGCCCGAUUGGCCUACUAUUUGCUGACUGUUUAAUGAAAAAUGAGUGUUUAAUGCAAUGUAAUAUGUAAUUUUAAGAAGCUUCUGUAAAAUCUAAAUUGUUGGGUUUACAAAUGAAAAUACGGAAAUACUAUUUUGGCAUGUAUGCUGUUGUAGUGAGCACCAGGUGAAAAUGCAAUGAUCACUGGGAUUAAGAAGUUUUAAAUUUUGUAGGUUUGAGAUGGAACCUGUACUACGAGUUUAGAAUAUUAUUGUUGUGAGGGUUUCUGGAUUUGUGACUAAAUUGUGAUACUGUUGCCUAAAUAUGCACUUUUGCAGGAAUAGUUCUGCUAAAUUGUACAUGUGUUGUUUAGAUGUAAGUUGUUAGAAUGUAAUUAUGAUGAAUCACAACUGAUUUAUGAUUUGUACUGCAAAUUAAUAUUUGAGGUGAACUGGAUGAGACAAUAUACAAAAGAUACCAUGUAUAUUGUGCAUAUGGAUAACGCAUUGUCAAUGAGAUUGAUAAUCUGGGAUCUUUUGAGUUAUCAAUAGUAGGUAACCGUAGGUAGAGUGGUUGUUAGAAAGUUUAAGCAAGUAAUUGUUUCAUCUCCCUCUUACCAAGGAGGAGGGACAAGUUGUAUAACCCUGAGUGUUCUCCGAGAAGUGGAUAAAUGUAAGAUAUUUCCAACUAGAUCUCUGGUAAAUGCAGGACAGUCUUUUUGAGGACAGAAAAGUUAAAGAGUAGAUAUUUGUAAACCUGUAAGGCUUUGAGAAGGCAUCUGAGUAAGUAGCUAAAAUAAAACUUGUUUAGGUUAUGGAAUUUUAGGAAUGAAAUGAGAUUACCAAGAAGUAAUUUUCUCUAAAACGUGUCAUAUAAGAGCAAAAGGUUUCUGGGAUCCAAACUGCUUAAAAUCUAGCUUUGUGUGCCUGAUGAUUAAUCUAUCAUCUAAAAGAGAGAGAAUGGCCAGAAAGUACUUAGAGGAUAAAGCCCUAUGACAGUUCGAAAGGCAGUCCCAGGCUCAACUUGAACAGGAUCUUCCUGACUUCACCAUAGAUGGUAAUUGUGAACCCUGAGCAAAAGCUGUGGCAUGAACUAGUGAGAGCUUUGACUUGUAUGUGAAAUGAGGCAAUGUGUCUUUUUUAAAACAUGAGAACAGGGAUAUCUUUUCCUCUGCCUUUUACUGUAAUGACAAAUUCCUAUGAUCACGAUAAACAGGCUGAUUGUAAGGUGGAAGUUCCAUGUUAAAUUCCCCCCAGAGUAGAUUAGUAAAUAAGGAUUGGUGCCUAGGAGUCUCUGUAUCUCUUACAGAAGCUGAGGUAGAGAAAUUUGUUGAAAAAUAGCAUCACUCAUGUAUUAGAUUUCCUUUUAAGCAAAACAUCUCCAAAGUUUCUGCCAACUACUUGGAGCAGAGACAGUAAGUUUCUGCAAGGAAGAUUUGUCCCGCACGAAGCCCUCUGAAGAUGGGGCAUGUCUAGUUAGCCAUGUGAUUAGCUGUUCUUACAUAUAGGUGAGGCAUGUGAGAAUAACACAAUUUUUCAAACUAAAAUCGGAGGGUCUGUGUGAAGUGAGAAGUUAGUGAGUUAUUCUGAAGGAAAUAGAUAUUAAUAUAUCCAAAUGAAUAUGCCUAUUACCCCAGUGGAAUUGGUCUCUCCUAGGAUUGCCUCCCCCCAUUCACAAUACAGAGGUCUCUUAAAUACCUGAGUAGGACAGCAGCAACUUAUGUCUUCACUUAACCUAUGAAAAGCAUUUUGGGGAUUGUGGGAUGUGUCCUUUGAGUGAUACUUUGCUAUGUCAAUAAGUUCGUGUUUUCUCCCAGUCUCUAAGCCUCACUUAUGUACCCUCUAUCUAUCUGCAUCCUGAGUGAAUAUGUAGAUUAAAACCUUUAACCAAACCCUGACCAGAGGGUUCCAAUGGAAUUGGUGUGGCCAUGUGAAUUAGAACCUCCAACUGACAAGAGAGUCUUCCAGCUGAAUCUGGGGUGUUAGAGAGAGGAUUCCAACAGGGUAUGUAGCAGGUCAAGGCUGUGAGGGAUUUUCCCAUAUUUUUCUCUCAGCAAACAACUGCAUAGUGAUUGAUGGCCUCCUAGUCUCUUGACUAAUGGCUAUACCGCCACUGCACACACAAUUUUUGUAAACUCUUGGUUUUUAUAAUUGCUAAAGCAUCUUAAAGAGUUUUUGAUGCCUUUAUGUAACUUAGCUAAUACAAUAUAAACAAUAAUUCAACAGUUUAAUUGUUCCAGGUAUAUUAAUAGUCAAUGUUGCACAUUGAGAUUAAAAGGCUAAUAAAUCAUUAGUCUUGUUUAAUGACAAUAUAUGUUAAAAUUCUUUAUAAUAUAAUUUUGAGACUCAGUGAAGUAAAGAUCAGAGAAUAAUAGUCUGAAUUAUUAUUAGAAUAAGAAGAACUUAGGGAGUGAUCAAAAUUAAAUUGUUAAAGAUAAAAAUAUGAAGGAAACAAGAAAAGUAUAGGGUUUUAGAUCACAACAUAAAUGUAUAAAUGGGGAAAGAAAGUUUGGGGUAGGUUUAAGUGAGAAAGUUUGUGAUACUCCAGAUGUUUAUUGUGAACUUUAGUAUAGUAUAGUGGUAGUCUCUUGGUGACCGAGAAUGACUAUUGUCUUUGUGCAUUAUCUAUUGAUGUAUCCUCAUGUGGCUUUGGAGUCCAAAUACUGAGGCACACAGUUUGUGGCACAUGGGGCAUGGGAUGCCAGUUGUCAUGGGAGGUGCAGUUGUGGCAUGGUGUUGGCGUUCACGCGCAGCAGCAAGACGUCGACGUCACUCAUCUUCAAAGGUGGCGGUGGCAUGGUUAAUGUGGGUUCGCCAGCUGCUUCUGUCAGAGGCAGCGAGUUCUAGUUGCUUUGGUGUAAUGCCAGCCCACUUCAAGUUGGACUUUAGCUGAUCCUUGAAUCUUUUCUUUGGUCGGCCUUGUUUCCUGAGUCUAGCUGACAGUUCACCAUAGAAUACCUGUGUUGGUAUUUGCUGUGGGUCCAUGCGGAUGACGUGUCCAGACCAUCAUAGCUGGGUUUUGAGGACCAUGACUUGGAUGCUGAUGGAGUUGGCUCUGUCGAGGACUUCCUGGUUGGUGAUUCGGUCCUGCCAUCGGAUCCUAAUGAUUGACCUGAGGGAGUGUUGGUGGAAUUGCUCCAGCUGUUUCAUUGGCUUCCGGUACAGUGUCCAUGUCUCACAACCAUACAGGAGCGAGCUGAGGACCACUGCAUUAUACACUUUGAGCUUCAUCGCAGUGCUUACACUGCUGUGUAGGAGGACUUUGGAGCGCAGCUGCCCAAGUGCCUGGAUGGCCUUUUGGAUCCUGGCAUUAAUCUCGUGGUCUAGGGACCCAUCGUUGGCGAUGGUGCUGCCCAGGUACUUGAAAGCUUUGACGUUAGAAAGCUACGUGCCGUCGAUUGUAAUGCACGGCUGGUUCGUUGGCCCCCCUGGUGCAGGUUGGAACAGCACCUCUGUUUUGCUGAGGCUGAUAGUCAGGCCAAACAGUUUUGUUGCAGUAAAGAACCUGUCCACAAUGGUUUUGAGAUGAUUUUCUUGGUGGGCCAUGAGAGCACAGUCAUCUGCAAAGAGAGCUUCCAGGAUGAGUCUCUCUGUUGUCUUUGUUUUUGCAGUCAGGAGGCGAAGGUUGAAUAGUGAGCCAUCCAGUCGGUAUUUGAUGUAGAUGCCCAGGUCUAGAUCCAUCACAGCGUGUCGUAAUACUUGGGUGAAAAAUAGGUUGAAUAGUACUGGAGCGAGGACACAGCCUUGUUUCACACCAUUGGAGAUGUUGAAAUGAUCAGAAGUCUCUCCACCAGAUAGGAUUUCCCCUAUCAUGUCGACAUGAAAGAGCUGGAUCAGUUUGACAAAUUUUGCUGGGCAACCGAGCUUGCUGAGGAUCACCCACAAUGCAUCCCUGUUCACUGUGUCAAAUGCCUUCGUCAGGUCUAUGAAGACAAUGUAGAGACUCAGGUUCUGCUCAAGGCAUUUUUCCUGCAUUUGCCUCACCAUGAAGACCAUGUCGAUGGUGCUGUGAUCUGGUCGGAAGCCACAUUGAGUUUCAGGCAGGUUCUGCUCUGAAACAGAUGACAGGAGUCUGUUGAGUAUAACACGGGUGAGGAUCUUUCCAGCAGUGGAGAGUAGUGAGAUGCCUCUGUAGUUGUCACAGGCUGCUCGUGAGCCUUUGUUCUUAUAUAGGGCUACGAUGGAGACUUCUCUGAAUUCUGGGGGCAUGUCUUCCUUUUCCCAUAUGCUGGUCAGCACUAUGUGGAAUGCCUGGAGCACCUUUCCCUUUAGGGCCUUGUACACCUCGGUUGGGAUCCCGUCUUUACCGGGUGCCUUGCCUGCACUCAUUUGUUUAAUGGCUUUUUGGACUUCCUCUUUGAAGGAGGGACGUCAAGUUGUUCAAUGGUCCGGUUUGGGGGGAUCUGGUCAAGGGCGCUUUGGUCAACUGAAGAGGGUCGGUUGAGAAGCUGACUGAAGUGUUCUUUCCACCUGUUGCUGAUGCCUUUUUCAUAAAAGAUAAAAAAGGCAUCAUGUGAACUUUAUAGUAAAAAAGAAAUAUAGUAGUUUGAUUUGGGAGUAAAUUAGAGGCAGUUAUAACUAGAGAAUACUGAUAAGCAAUGGAUUCUGUUUGAAUUUUUAAACAUUGCUGCUAGUAACUAUAAAAUUCAGAUUUGAGCUCAAUUUAAAUGUGCUCAUAAACAGGAUGAUUUGGUAGAUUAAAAACUAAUGUCAGAAUGUUGCUUUUGAAGUUCUUGGCAAUGAAUUGGCCAGAAAUAGCCAUCCUCAUAAUAUGAAAUGCUUGGAAUAGUCCGUAUGUAUAAUAUAACACUAAAUAAUUGAAACUAUAAAUUGAGAACCUGUGUGAUACCAUUUAGGAAAUAGAUCCUGGUAUAACUGAAUUUAUUCUGAUCUCAUUUUAAGUAAAAAUAUGUCUCUCCUGGUAAGUUACUUAUGAUAAGUCAAAAAUUGUUAAACUAUGUGGUGUUAAGAUACAUAGGGAAAAUUCAUGGAUCUUAAAAUUUGUUAAUUGUGUUGUGUAACUCUAUACUAUUUCUUAAGUUUACUGGUUUGUAAGGUGUUCAAAAAUAAUUACUUAACACUAUUUUGAUAAUUUGAAUAAAACUAUUGUUAAAAUAUUAAAUUCUUAAUCUGAAUUAAUUUAGAGCUAUGAAUUGAGUUGUUAUAGAUUCAUUUGCUAAAAUAAUCAUGCAAAUUGUUUUAAACUACUUCAUUUGGAAAUAGAAUAAAUAUUAUUUUGCUGUGAAUUUGAUAUAGCAUAAAUCUUGAAUAAGAGCAGAAAUCUCAUAGGUAUGUGUAAUGAGGUUUUAAGAUCUUACCAGCCCUACAAGCAUACUAAGGUGUUUUAACAGUAAUGCCAUAAUAUUUAACCCAACCUAUUUUGAGUUAACACUAACUUUAAACCAGUAAAGCCUUAUUUGUCUCAUAGGAUCUUAUUUGGCCCAAGUAUAUGUUACUUCUCACUAACUGAGUCUUUCAUGAAAAGUAUUUUAUACUACCACCUUUCCCAAACAAUGAACAUUUUGAUUUUGAAAGACACUUGUGGUACCAUGAAUAUUUCCCUACAUAAAGGUAAUUUGGAAAUGUGUUAAACUAAAUUAAUAUCAUAUAAUUAGUAGUAACACUUUUUUCAUGCUGUUACAAAUAUCAUUAUAAUUUUUAAAUUUUCUUGUAAAUUCUGAGAAUCCAUUGUAUAAAAAAAUGCUAUUAAGGGAAUGGUAAAAUUAUUUCAUUGGUAGUUUUAGUUCUAUUUGAUUUUGGUACUAUGAAAUUAAGUUAUUGGUGGUUAUUGUUAUGAUUUUGAAAUCUAUCAUGCAUUUAAUAGGGUAUAUUUUAAAAUGGAAAAAAUAAUUGCUUAUUUGUAAAAGAAAAAGGGAGUGGGAGAACAUCUUGUUAAAAGAAAUAAACCAUUUGUAAACCUGCCA